AUGACAGUAGGCGGGACCCAGAUGGCGACCAGAGGCGAGGUCAGGUAUCUCGGUGUCUACCUGGAUACAAGGCUGACGUUCUGGUCGCACACCGUAGACAAGGCAGCUUCAAAAACUGCAGCACUCAGUCACCUUAUGACAAACACGAGAGGACCAAAACAGAAGACGCCACAACUACUGAUGACAGUAACCCACUCGAUUCUCCUGCACGGAGCCGAGAUAUGGGGAGGCGCGAUGGAAGUAAAGAAAUACCAACAGGCCAUGCUGUCGGUGCAAAGACAGGGGACUCUUCGUAUCGCGUGCGCGUACCGAACAGUCCCCGAAUCGGCGGUGUUAGUUAUCGCCGGUGUGAUUCCCAUAGGCCUCUUAGCUCUUGAGCGAAAGAGUGUCUACGAGCGUAGUAUGGAACUGGGCAGGGCAAGGGCGUCCAAAAAAGCACGCAACGUGACGAUGGACGACUGGCAGACCCGAUGGACUAACGGCACGGACUCCACAUGA